GGCCCGCUCCCUAGGCCUGCCUAUUGGCCCCCCUUUAGCCCCGCCCCUCGUUCCGGGAGACCCUGAACCGAGUUCUGCGUUCCGCUUUGUGGUUGCCCGGCAACGCCUCCUGUCAGAAGGCCAGUCUGAGGAGGCGGCGGCAUUAGCGCCGCCAGCCCGCAGAGAGCGGCCUCUCUGUCCCCCUUAGUCAUGGCCUCGCUACGCACCGCUGAACCCGCACUGAAGAACUACUUCAAGGAGAACUACAUUCCCCAGAUCUGCGAGGCACUUUUGUGUGGUGUAAUUAUUACCCGUCCCAAGGAUCCACUGAGGUAUUUAGAGGAAAUGAUUAUGGUUAUCAUUGAAAAUGGCCUGGAAAGCCUUCUUUGGGAUAUGUGCAUUGAUCCAUCACUGAAACCAAAAAUUCGAAGAUUGUCUGAAACCUUCCUUGAGCAACUUUUUGGACUGGAUGAUCAGCUGAUGACUCCAGAAUUGAUGAUAAAGGCAUGCACUUUUUACACUGGAAAUUUGUUAAAGACCCAUUUUUGCGCAUGGAAAGACUUAGCAAUAACUCUUGUAAGUGAAGAAGACCUCCUGGCUGAAAAAAUUGAAAGAGCAGAAGCACAUUAUCAUUUCAGCCUUAAAAAAUCUUCAUUUCAUCAAUGGCAGGCUUAUGUAGAAAAGGCAAAGGGAAAACUUGAAGAUGCAUUAUUGGAUUUACAACACUUACUUCGUUACCACAAGCUAAAAUUUAUGCUAAGAAAAUGGAAGGAACAAGCAAGAAAACAACAUAAAAAGAGAGACGAUGAGCUGAUAUUAAAGCAUAAACUUCAAUUAAGAAAAUGGAAAAGCAAGUCAAAAAUGAAAACAUCUGAAGAAAGUGAAGAAAGUAUUUCUUUUGAGCAGAGUGUGUCUGAAGCCCACCUUGUCCAUGACGCUUCACAUUGUGACAUCUCACUAUUACCUGAAAAGGCAGUAUUACAGAUUUUCUUGUACCUCAAUUUGAGAGAUGUGUUGAUCUGUGGCCAGGUUAACCACUCCUGGAUGUCGAUGACACAGAUGAACUUGCUGUGGAACUCAAUUGAUUUUUCCACAGUGAAAAGCGUGAUUGCAGAUAAAUUUAUAGUGUCUACUCUGCAAAGGUGGCGUCUGAAUGUGCUGCGUUUGAAUUUUCGUGGUUGUGUUCUCCGAACAAAAACUUUGAAAUCUGUCAGUCACUGUAAAAACUUGCAAGAGCUGAAUGUCUCUGACUGUCCAACACUCACAGAUGAAUUAAUGAGGCACAUUUCCGAGGGCUGCCCCGGAAUCCUGUAUCUCAACCUGUCCAACACGACCAUCACCAACAGGACGAUGCGACUCCUGCCCAGGAACUUCCACAACUUACAGAACCUUAGCCUGGCUUACUGCCGAAAGUUCACGGACAAAGGUUUACAGUACCUGAACUUGGGGAAAGGAUGCCACAAGCUCAUCUACCUGGACCUUUCCGGCUGCACCCAGAUUUCAGUCCAAGGCUUCAGGAACAUUGCGAACAGCUGCUCGGGCAUCAUCCACCUGACCAUGAACGACAUGCCCACCCUCACGGACAAGUGUGUGCAAGCUUUAGUGGAGAAGUGCCAAAAUAUCACGUCGGUGGUUUUCAUUGGUUCACCGCAUAUCUCCGAUCGUGCUUUCAACGCUCUUUCUACGUGUAACCUUAAGAAAAUCCGAUUUGAAGGAAAUAAGAGAAUCACUGAUGCAUCUUUCAAAUUUAUAGACAAAAAGUAUCCAAAUAUCAAUCACAUUUACAUGGCCGACUGCAAGGGAAUAACAGAUGAUAGCCUCAAGUCACUAUCGCCUUUGAAGCAACUGACUGUGUUGAAUUUGGCAAACUGCGUAAGGAUUGGUGAUACAGGACUGAAGCACUUUCUUGAUGGUCCUUCGAGUAUCAGGAUAAGAGAGCUCAAUUUAAGUAACUGUGUGCACCUGAGCGACAUCUCUGUUUUGAGACUCUCAGAGCGCUGCCUGAAUUUAAACUACUUGAGUUUACGAAACUGUGAACAUGUGACUGACCAAGGAAUUGAAUUUAUUGUAAACCUCUUUUCUUUGGUAUCACUAGAUGUCUCUGGAACAGACAUUUCUAACGAGGGAUUGGUAUCACUUUCAAGACAUAAGAAACUGAAGGAACUGUCUUUAUCUGAGUGUUAUAAAAUCACCAAUCUUGGAAUUGUGGCGUUCUGCAAAAGCUCACUGACCCUGGAACUCCUGGACGUCUCUUACUGUCCCCAGCUGUCCAAUGAGAUAGUGAAAGCGCUGGCCAUUUACUGUGUCGGGCUCACAUCGCUCAGCAUCGCAGGCUGCCCACAGUUUACAGACUCAGCGAUAGAGAUGUUGUCAGCAAAGUGCCAUUAUCUGCACAUUUUGGACAUCUCUGGUUGUGUCCUGCUUACUAACCAGAUCCUCAAGGACCUCCGAAGGGGCUGCAAACAACUCCGGGUCCUGAAGAUGCAGUACUGCAGGCAGAUUUCCAUGGAGGCGGCGCUCAGGAUGUCGGCGGUGGUGCAGCAGCAGGAGCACAGCUCUGACGACCCCCCGCACUGGUUUGGCUACAACUGGGCAGGCAAAUCCCUGAAGGAACCGGAGGUCCCCAAGGCAGACAAGGAUGAGGACAGUUUCCCAGCAGAGGAAGAGUCUCCGGAGCCCAGUGAGAGUGAAGCAGAGUGACCUGCAGCCUCUGGAGGAGAAGCCAAGCGUCUGGAGCUCAGGGCCUUUCUCCCGGGAUGUAAGUAUUCUGAUCAGCUGAGUCCCACAGACAACUUGAACAAGCGGCGAGUCAUCUUCUGGUUCUUAUUCCGACUAUCCCUGUUCCAAAUACAUCCGUAUUUCUUCUGUCUACACCAUCACUGUUCUUGGACUUCGUUCCAUCAAACUGAUAGUAUUGAUAAGAUUCAACACAGAAAAUAACCUGAGAGAUGUGACUUUCAGAUGAGGAAUUUAGAAGUUUCUCUCUGGGCAGGAAAGUAGAGGCAACCUUACAAGUCAGGGUAAAAAUUGGAGCCAGGGAGCCGACUUUAGGGAUCAGUGAAACUUCCUGAUGAAAAGCACAGGUGUAGUUUUCACGGGAAAGGGGCUCGCUUAUGAUUUCCAGGCAUUUACACAAGACAACUGAAUGACCCUCAGUGCCAGAUUCCUUUCAACACUGAGGGGCCAAUGACAUAGAAACAGGAGCGGGCUGUGAGAAGGGUCUUGUCCUCCAGGCUGGCGCCUGGAGGACGCUGUAGCCCACACUAUGCCCAGAGAUGUUCCCUGGCUUUUAUGCUAGGUGUGGGCUGUUGGUGGGGUGUCUAGAUGGCAUUUUAAGCCUUCCUCCAGGGAUCUGAACCUUCACUUGGUGUCACAUAACACUGAUGUUGGCUGAGUCCGAGAGGACACACAGCCUCACCCUGACCCCACACACAAGCGGUCGGACCCGGACGGUCUUCCACAUUUCCCGUUUGCUCGGCUACCGCAUCUCUCCGUGGAGUCCACUCCCUGCCUUUUCUACACUAUGAGUUUGAAAUAAAGAUACAAGUUUAAGACAAAUGACAUGAAAGUUACCUUGAAAAGUGUUUGAAGGCUACACAAAGUAUUAGAAUAAGGUAUUCUGUGUUGCCUUAGAAACUUUUUAACAAUACCCCCUUUUAGAAAGGCUUUUUAAAAUAAGCAGUGCAGAGAGCUUCCUGGGAGCUAAAUAGGAAAUUAAGACCUGAGCCAAGAAACUUAAGACAACACUAGUGAGAGUUUUAACUAAAUUUGGAGAUUUCUUUUUUUUUUUUUCAUUUUUAUCGGUACCAGGGAUCGAAUUCACGACUGCCUGCUUGCAAGGCAGGUGCUUAUGCCGCUGAGCUAAAUCCCCAGCCCCAAAUUUGGAGAUUUCUGUCAGCUGCAUAGGUGUUGGCUUCCCAAGGCUGCGCCAAGUAUGUAGUGCACACGCGCAGGAGGGACCCAUAAAGGACACGUGCUUUCUAACACAGGCACCUGUGCGGGGAGGGCCAGGCUGCGGGCAAGGCGACAGAGGGUGGGCCUAUGGUGAAAACCUUUGAAAAACAUCCUUUAAACCAUAGGAGACCUGGUCACGCGACCUGGGGAGACAAACUCCAGAAGCAAAGAAAUGCACAAAGAAGGGGUAGGAAUCAGAAAAGAGAGCCAUGCGGGGCAGCGUGGGCACAGGUCCGCUGACCGCUUCGGGCGGAGCCGCCCUGUACCUGGGCCGUUCUGGCUGUUGUUGGCUGCUUCCAUAUUUUCAGUCAUGAAAGUGUCUACGUAACUGCAGGAGGGUGAAAAUGCAAGGUAGAAACUGCCUUCAGCCUCCCACUUCCCUUAAGAGUUCAACACAUACCCCGAGCUGCACCUAAUAUGCCUGUGAUACAGGGGAAGGAAACUCCUGACCUAUUAGGUGUCCCAUACAAUUUCGUGUUCUCUAAAAUCAAAGAAUGAAUUUUAGGAACAACGGAGGUUAAGAGCAGAGUACGUUUACUGAGAGAAAGAAGGCUCCUUGGAGGGACAGAAGGGUGCAACCAGUGUGGGGUCCACGGUGGACAUGAGGUGGGACAGAGCUAUGGGCACCCAGUAAGAUUAACUGCUCAGGUAAAACUGAUUAAAUUGGGGACAAGUGGGGAAGCGAGUCUCAUAGCAGGCAGGCACCCUUAAAGAGCAGUGACUCCUCCCGUAGCAGGUCGGGAUGGUGACUCCUGGCUUCCUCAGGGUUAUACAGACCUAUUUAGAAUAUCAAUUCCUGAUUCUUACCCUUAUGGUUAAGGUUAGGGUAUGCAAGAGCAUUUGAUUGAGGUCUGGCCCACAGGGGAGGUGGAGUCUGUGUCCCCUACAGUUAGAAGGUGUCUGGUCUUCUGCACUGGCUCCUGAGGGCUCAGCCCUGUCUGACUGCCCAGGAUAUUUCUGUCUAACUCAGCUGCCUGUGACACAGCAUAUGUGUAUCUUUCAAGCUCGUGCAAAUUCUGAUUUCCACAAAGCUCUCUUCCUUCUUCCUCCCUCCCUCUCACCUUGUCUGUCUGUCUGUCUCUUUUUUCCAGACAGGGUAUUGCUAGGUAGUCCAGGCUUUGAACUCACAAUGUGGAUGUAUCUCAGGCUGGCCUCAAACAUUCAGAGACCUUUCUGCCUCAGCUUCCCAACUGCUGCGAUUAUGGGUUUCACCACCGUGCCCAGAUUUUUAUUAAAUAAGAGGUUAGAAACAGAACUGUAAAAAAGUAGACUAUAAACAAAAAAAGCAGCUAUUAUAAAUCACAGUAUUUGGAAAGGUUUAUUAAAAGUUAGUAUUUAAGAGCUGACAUAUUCUAAUCAUAAAAAUAAAUUCAGAAGGUAGGUCUAUUCAGUAUUGUAUCGUUAAAAUAUUUCAGGAGCUGAAAAACUUUGAAAUCCAAUGCUUAUCGCACACCAUUAUGAAAGUGAAAAGUCUAUCUUUAUACACCUGGGAAUAAAACAACUGCACGUUUCUUCCCCCUCACAAGAUACAUCCUAAUUACACAAAAGAUAUUAGCAGUCAGUAGCAGCUGCCCCCUUUUCUCAGUGUUUUAGUCACCAUUUCUAUUUGUGAUGAUGCCGGAAGAGGUAGCAGGUAGACAAGGCAAGGACACACAGCCGCCCAGCUCACUGCCCUGCGGGCCCCGCCCUGGUGUCCGGCUUCCCUCAAGGGGAGGGCGGGGUACAGCUGGGAAGACACCCCAUCUCCCCACGGCACCUCAUCAGGGCAAGACGGGUUUUUCCUGGAGGGGUCUGGCCCGAUCAGGUGAGUGUGUCAAAGCACAAAUCCCCCCAGCUUUUGAGGAAGGCUCAGUUAUCCCUGCUGGCUUGAGACGGAGGGUCACACGGGAAGGGCUCAGCCGGCAAGCCGGGUGUUUCCAUCACAAGGUCCUAAGCUGGACCCUGUGAUUUUGCUGUGAGUGAACCUGGAAGCAGAUUUCUUCCCAGAGCCUCCAGGGAAGCAGGCCAGACCUGACUCCACCCUGUUACCCAGAGCAGAGAACCCCAAACUGCGGGCCCUUAACCUGCACAAGGGUGACCUGCUAAGGGAGUAUGUGUUUUCACCACUAAAUCUGGGGUACAGGUGUCUCUUUCUUAACCAAGGUUUUGCCUUCCCUGGUAUCAGUUACCUGCGGCUGAUGAAAGUUCCAGAAAUAACCAACUUAUGAGUUUCAAACUGUGUGCAGCACAGCACAACCAGGCUUGGGUGCGAGUAGCAGUCAUCUUGCUAACCCUCGGAGCACACAGUAGUGACCCUGGAUUCAGAGGCGCCAACAGGAACGCUCUGAUGUGGCAGGGAGAGAGUUCUCUCUCAGUACAGAAAGAGACAACAUCGCUCGCUGGUGUGGCUCUGAUCCGUGAGGCGGAUGAAUGCUGUAACUGUGAAACUGUGAAGGAAAGGCAAUGUGCGCUGCUUUUCUCACCACGCUUUAAUCUGCAGAAGUGCACAAGUGCUAACCGGAGUGGAAAGACACUUGCGUUUGUUUACAGGGUUCAGCGCCGUCUACGGAUCCAGGCACCCGCUGGAGUCUUGGAACAUCCCCCAGGAAGGGGGCGCUACUGUAAUUUGUUACAGAGCAACAGGAAACGAAUAGGAGAGCUAAGUUCGUAUUUGCAAAAGCCCGCCUCGCGGUGCGCCUGAAUCCAUGUCCAGUGUUGGUUUUGGUAUUUAUGUACCGCUGGCCGGUCCGCGCUUUGGUAGUCGCAUUUCCACUAAGCACUGUUACAAAGCACACACAGCAUAAACCCUUCUUAGUCCUGCCGUUUCAGGGACUGAAACCAGGUUUGGCUUCUAAUGUUUACAGUGCCUUCUGGGGCCGCAGCAUGAAUCCAGUUUUCCUGUUCCUUUGCUGGAUUCAUGAAUCCUGGAAAACAAAAUUGCAUGAAGUUAGACCUUAGUGGAUAAGAGCGAUCCCUGACUGCAGAUCUACCAACACUCUCAUUUUUGUAAAACUCAGAAAGAGCCUAGAACGCCAAAACCCUCAGUAAAGAUGGUUUCAGUUAAGAAAGCGCUGCCAAGAGCAUUGUGGACUUGUUUCUCUCCUUUCCUCUUCCCAGGGUUACUCUGUCCCGUGUUGGCAUCAUUUUUCCACGUAGGUUUCAGAAGAGAGCUUUAUUAAAGUACAAUGGACAAAAUCAAGGACAAGUAUUUGAAGCACGGAGUGCAGUCAGUUUUGGCAUGUGUAAAAAUCUACACAGCCACCUGCGCGGUCAGCACCAAGAGCAUAUCCGUGAUCCCCAUGCCUGGCCUGUGGCUCUGCCAUCGCUGGGACCUGGGAUGGGCCCCAAGAUGGGCCCAAAGGCUCAGUUCCCAGCGGGGCACCACGGGAGGAAGCAGGGCCUUUCCUUUAGCGAUUAUUUUAAAUCGGUCCAUGUUCACAGUACACCACGCUGGCGUUCCUUGUGUGCGGUACAGGUACAGAGCUCACCUGAGUUCCUUUUCCUCCCCCUUCCUGCGCUCCCUCCCCUGAUUCCCUUCCCUUCUGAGGAAGGUUUGUCUCCUUACUUCCUGUCAUCCCCCUCCACCCGCUCUUUAUUUAUACUUUGGGUUCCUCAAAUAAGAGAAACUGCAGGACUUAAGCUCUGGUUCUAAUUUAGUUCACGUAACAUCCCUCAAGUGCAUCCCUCUUCCUACAGAUGACUCAGCUUUAUCUGUGCGGCACAGCCGUACCUCACUGUGUGGAAAUACUACAUUUUUAUGCAUUCAUAGCAGAUAGACACAUAGGCUGGCCCUAAGGCUUAGUUGUUAUGAAUUGUGAUGCUAUAAUAGGAAAACAUUUUUUGCCAGCUACCCCUCAGCAGACAACUAACAACAGAAUAAAUAUGAAUUCAGAAUACAGAUCAAUAAGUUCAAAAUACAAAUUCAAUGAGACCCAUUAAAAAUGGGCAAAUGAAAUGAAUAGACACUUCACAGAAGUCAAAUAGCCAAAAAAUACACGAAAAAAGGUUGGACACUGCUGGUCUUUAGAGAAAUGCAAAUUAAAACAACACCCAGAUUCCAUCCCACUCCAGAAAGAAUGGCUAUCUUCAAGAAAUCAACCAAUAACAAAUACUGGAGAGGCUGUGGGAAAAAAGGAACCUUUUUCACUGUUGCUGGGAAUGGAUAUGAGUGCACCCUCUAAGGAAUUCAGUAUGGAGAGUCCUCAAAAAACUAAAACCAGAAACACCAUCAGCCCAGCCACUCCCCUGUGUGCUCCCGGAGAGGGCUGCAGUAGUACAGAGAUCCACGGAGGUCCUGGGGUCUCUGGGGCUGUGCCCUUUCGGGGACAGGGUGGCCCUGGAACUCCUCAGUCUCUUUCCCACUUUGGGCCACUCCCUCCCAUGCUGUGCUGCUUGUCCUAAGCCCAAAGCCUACUGGGCCAGUAGAUCACGGUCAGAAGCUGUGGGCCGAACAAACCUUGGCUCUUGACGAGCUGAGCCCUUCUGGUGCUGACUGAUCCCCUCUCCCCUCCUCAACCCAUCCCCAUGAGCACUGAUCCCCAGUUCAUCCUCUGUGGCCUAUCACAUCUCCUAAUGUUUUAUAUAAGUGAGGUCACACCACAUGUAAUAAAAUCCAUCAUCUCUCAGCACAGUUAUUUUGGUCCCCGCUGUCCCCCCUAGCAGGCAGGUUCCUGACUGGCUUGCUGAGCUGUAUCUCCUUAGAACCCUGUGCCGCCCCUCGAGCCCCCUGCCUGGACACUCUCAUAAGACAAGCAGGGCCUCAGUUCUUACUGGAGGUAACCGCAGAGUCCCUCACUGGUGGCUCCCUGCGCUCUAGCCAAGUCACAGGAAACUGCUAGCCAGCGCACUGCUGUGAUUAGGCAUCAGCACGCACCCUGCUGGGCCAGCACACGGAUCAAAGGAUCUCCUUCUGCAGGCUGCCGUGUUCUCCUUCGUGAUACGGGAAGAUCCUCUCGCAUGAGGGAAAGGUGCUCUGUGCCGCCCUGGGACCCGUGUCCCGCGCUCUUCCCGCACAUCCUCUGAACUCUCCUUCUUCCUUCACUCCAACCCCACCCGGUCCUGGGGCUCACGCACCGCUGCCAGGGUCAGCGCCUCCCUCUGCAAUCUUCCCAUCUGCUUCUCUCGCUGCGCUUUCCAUAGGAUCUCGACUCUACUCCUCGUUUGCGUUGCUGGACUGGUUAACGCACCCUUACUUUGUUUAGUAAAGCUCGGUGUUGGAAGCUUCCCUUUUCUCCUCCAGCCAUCCAUCAACCGACCUUGUCAGUUUGCAGGGUGGGGAGCUGAGACGGGUCUCGCUGUGAGUUCAGGCUACCUUUGAGCUCCAUGUAUUCAGGCUGGCCUCGAACCCAUGACAAAGCUCCUGCCUCAGCCUCCCCAGUGCUGGGCUUACAGACCUGUACCACCACACUGGCCUGGGAAUCAUUUUUAUUGAGAGAAGACUAGGGUUAGUGAUUAUAAAAUUAAAAUAUUUGGCUAUGGAAUUGUAUGUGUUAGGGGUUUCAUUUAGGAGAUGUAUGUUUUUAAAAUGAUUAAAAACCCAGAUACAUUGUUAUGAAUUGAAGCCCAGCUUAUGAGCUUUAGCAAUUUAGCAAAACUGUGAGUUUUACUUUGUGGGUGGGUGCCAAAUACUUUUGCGUUCCUGUAAAUCGUAAGCUUUAUUCAAGGAUGCAGUGAAGCUACAUGAAAACAGUUUCAGCCUUUCCUCUCGUGCCUUGUGAUAACCUGUCACCGUUCUGGAGUGGUCUUACGUCCCGGGCCAUUGGCUGCCACUUCUGAGGGUUUGUCUCCAGGCCAAUGAGCGGAAUGGCUGCUAUUCCUAAAUCUGCACCAGCAAUGCGCUCUGUCCCUUGUCCUCUUAUCUGGAGCUGUCUUGGGCUCUGUGGACUCCAUCAUCUCUGUCUCCAUCUCCUUCAUCUCCAUCAUCUCCUCCUUUUCUAGCUCCAUCUCCUCCAGACAGGGUCUGCCAGGAACAGCUCCUUGUCCCUGGACCUCAUCCUGGUGGCUCCCUCAAGGCAAUAAGCAGGACUCAUCUCAUUUGAUUCUCAUCUGUCUGUGACCACCUUCUUUCACCUGACGUCUAGUGGCUUCAAAACUGUUUCAUACAUCUUAUCUGUGUGACAGAUGACUCGCUGUCAGUCUUCCGGGUGAGAGGGUAACAAUCCCUUUAACUCCAUCCUGCCCGAACGGCGGGUGUUCUGCUCUUUCUCCUUCUCAUUUCUUUUUUGACCUAUUAUUUGGAAAUAAUUAGACUCACAAGCAACUGCACACAUAGCACAGAGUGGGCCUGUACACUCCCCGCCCUGAUGUAGGACCCGCACGAGGGGAAGAGGCGCGGGGUCCUCAGAUUUGAGCCGUGCCAUGCCGCCCUCCCUUGCCGCGGAGGUACAGGACGUGCCCUCCCUCUCCCCCUGCCCUCAUUAGGAGCGGGGCACCCUCGCCCCAGGUGUGAUGCCAGGGCUCCUCUUACUCCAUAUCCUCCAGGGAGGAAGUCUCCUGAGACUUGGGGGGAAGUCUCAACAAACACCACCCCGGUGCCCAGUGGGAAACAGCAGACCUGCCCAACCCAGCGAUGCCUGUAAGGGCCGCGCCCGCUCUGCAGUCACAGGGCCCAGCUGACGGUCUCUGGAGGGCAGCGUCCCCCUCAGGACUCUCCCCCCAGGCCGAGGCCCCUUCCUCUCUCUCUCUUCCUUCUCAGUGGAAGCUUCUGUCUGUAAAUUUGUGCUGCUGCUUCCCCUUUCAUUUCCAUUCUCACCAAAACAAGUUCCUCCGCACAUCCAGCAUCCACCUGGUCCCCAGGGGUGGCAUCCGCGGAACCAGGAGGCUGGUGGCCAAGUUCAGUGCCUCAGACUGCAGACCCCACUUGGCAUUCUGCACUUUUGCUGCAUGAGCUCGUUUCCUUUGGCAAGCCUUUGUGCCUACUUUCAUAAUACUUCAGUAUCUGUAUGGAUCAUACAACCACUGUCUGUGUGUCAUGCCGCUGGGAGCCAUGUGGCAUCCCUUAAAGCCCCACCCUCUUCUCCUCACUCCUUCACUCUGGCAACCACGCCUUGGAUCUCCAUUCCUGUAAUUUUGUCUUUUUCAAGACUGUUAUACAAAUAGAACUCUCUUAACAUUUGGAUAUUGGCUUUUUUCACUCUAAAUUACCCAUAAUACUCCAAGGAUCUUGUAACAGAAAAAUGAGGAAACAAAAAUGCCAUAAAAGCACAGAUGAUCUGAAGACAGUUCCUGCCUUGACCCUCUGUGAAAGCAUUUUCAAGCAGAUGUAAGCCUCGGAGCAUCCUUGACUGGCUGAAUUUCUCCCUGGGUCCUGAAGCCCAUGCACAUGCCCGACACGUGUGCUGCAAGGCUGGACAAUGCAAAACUUUUGGUGCGUUUUGUUUCUAAGUCAUAUCCAAAGGCUGUGUUUUUCUGCCAUUUGCAGAGAAAAUGCUAUUCUUGGAUUUUAAAAGCAGCGUCCUAUAGCCAUGGUCCUAUUUUAACCUCUUUUCCAACCUAUGAAUCAGUUUCCAUUAUAAACCACAAUACCGUGACACGUACCACUCUCUGGCCUGAAGAUGAGCUGAGAACUCUCUUCUAAUUUGGUUUAGUUUGAUUCCAAGUGAAUCUGUCUUUCAUACCACAGGUCCCAGCACAGGGUCCGUCACAAGGACCAGUGGGGUCCUGGGCUGCAUGGCAGGUGAGGGGCAGCUGCUGGGAAGGAAGCUGAGCUCGGCCCCUGUCAGGAGGAUAUAGCGUUGGCCUCACAGGAGCUCAGACCCUGCAGGGGCCUGCACGGCGAUCGAGGCUGCCCACUCCUCAAGAGAAUCAAUGGCCGACCAUCUGAGGCAGAGCCGAGGCAGGGACACUAGCUCUGGGGAACAUAAUUAUUAUGCAUCAGAAACCCACUAAUGAGACAUCCUAAUAAAAAACAGAAACAGAAAAAAAUUAAUUUUUUCCCUAUCCAUGGAAAAACUCUUUCUUGAAAACUUUUCUUGGUGUCACUAAGAUUGGGGGCCACUGUUAUACACAUUUUAUGCUUCCCAUUUGAUGAAAAUGAAGUGGCCCAACUCUACACUGAUAAACGCUAGACCUUGACUUCACGCUUCACCUCUAACUUUCUUCAAACAGCUAAUUGUGACAUCCUGACACAAAAGGACCUCGUACUGCAGUACUGCAUGCAUUUCUGGGCUUGGAGAGUGGCUGGACAUAUCACAAUCAGGUUUCAUGUCUAUGUGAUGAGCCAAGCCUAAAACCUGAUACAGAGAAGUCACCUUAUUUUUUUUUUUUUUUUUGUGGUACUGGGGAUCGAACUCAUGACCUCACACUUACCAGGCAGGUGCUAAUGCCACUGAGCUAAAUCCCCAGCCCUGAGAAGUCACCUUAUUAAAAAACAAAGUUACCUAGGCUACUCACAACGCAUUGAACUCGCCACACGAGAAUGGAACGCAAAACUGGUCGACUCCCUAAUGCUCAGAGAACGCACCCGGAGAACAUACACUGUGGCUUUCACAGGCAAACAGCUCAGCGCGAGAGGAUCCAGGCCUGCCUUUGACCUCAGCACGGAGUACAACGCUUGUAACUCACUAAGGAUGACACAGCGGAGCUGUUCAUCAGUAACGGCAAGAGCAAGGCAAGGUGCAGGACAGGAAUGCAAGUAAAAUUACAGGGUGACGCGUCGCAAUGCCGUGGGGCGCCUGAGCCGGAGGGACCCGUCCGGGGGAGUCACGCUGCAGAUGAGGCAGCAGCCAGGCCUGCAGGAGGAGGGAGGACUGCUGUGGGCCGCCUCGCAGGCUCUGUGUGCAAGGCCCGCGUUUCGCUGAGCUCAGCUCUUACGACGACAACUCACUCCCACAGCUGCUCAUUAUUUCCAAAAUUAGGCUUCAGACUGGAAAUUUCCACCGCGGGAAAAGCCCAGCAAUCUGCUCUUCAUUGCUAAAUCCCUUACUUCAUCCACUUGGUAAAUAAGGCCCGUGGACUUUUGGGGAACCCAACAGUUCAGGACUCAAAAUGCGAGUUUCUGUCAAACCCGAUCACGUCUUCGUGCAGCUCUUUCCCCCGCAGGCCUUCAGUGGAUUUGGACACCCGAGACCCCACAUCGAUCAGCUGUGGCCCUGGUCUGAGGACGCCCUCUGCGGCUCUACGGGAGUCACUUCUGGGACAUCCUAGGGCCUCGCACCCUGAGCAGGAAAUCAAGUCUGCCUUCUCUCUCAGGGGUUGCAGUGUCACAUGUAGAGAGCCCAAGCUGCGCAGCUUGGGAGUGCCCAGUGGGGCGUGCACCGUGCUGUGCCAUGCAGACACCUUUGUCACCAGACUCAUCCCUCUGGACUGCAUGCAGGGCACUGUACGUCUUCCCGGAGCAGCGAUGAAGCUGCUCAGAAAGGACAGGGACCAUGCUUCAUGGUACCUCUGCCCUCCCAGCUCUUAGUAGUGCUUGACUCCAUAAAUGUUUGUUGGGUGACUAAGAGAAAGAGGGAAGACAGGAGAAGAGGCAGUACACUGGGGAAUCUAUGUAUUAAGUUGGAGGUGGGACAGGUUCGUUGCAGUGCAACAGGCAAGAGCAAUAAGGUGAUCAGGUCUGCAGGUACAGAUCUGGAGGUACAGGCAUGGACCGACGGCUGAAGUCACAAGAGCAUGGGUUUAAAAUUAAAUGGAAAUCAUGAAAAUACAACAAAAUAGCUUUGAUGUAUAAUUCAGACACGCUUACUGAGGGAAACAAUCUGACUGUUAUCAUCAGCACAGUUCUGCUCAGGUCUGAUUACUGUGUAGAUCACUGGGUCUGAAAAUAAUGCACUGGACUGGCUUUCUCUCAAACUCCUGCAGGUCACCACAACAUGAAUCCCAUCACUCUGGACAUACUCAGGCGUGCAUCAGAUGUGCAGGGUGGAACAGCGCCCAUCAAUUAGGCCCUGAUCCAGAUCAGUGUCAGCUUUAUGGCUGCCGUAUGGUUUAUUAACCGCCUACAACUUUUUCUCAGUGCCUGUUAACUUUACCGAAUGUUAGGUCUCAAUGCAAAUACUUCGGUCACAGCCAUUCCCUUGCCUAUUCCCUUCCUCCUCUUUUAACAGCCUCCUUCGACUUUCAUGCAUUGUUUUGGACUCCACAUAUUAAGGAGAACACGUGAUACUCCUCUUUCUGAGCCUGGUUUAUUUCAUUUAGCAUGAAGAUCACUAGUUUCAUCAUUUUCCUGGAAGUGACAAGUGUCCUUCUUUACGGCUGAGCAAUACUCACUGGAUGUAAACACACGCACCUCCCGUCACCACCUAGAUGAGGCGAGCAGCUAGACCAGCUCCGUAUCGUGACUCCUGUGAGUUGGCCCACAACAGACGUGGGAGUGCAGGUCCCUAAGGACGCUGACCUCAGUCCCCGCAGGUAUCCACCGAGGAGCGGCAGAGCUGGAUCAGAGGUAGUUCUGUUUCUAACUGCUUGCGGGACCUCCGUACUGACCCCCACCCUGGGCUGUCUGGACGUGCGCUGUCCCCGGCGGUGUGGACGGCUUCCUGCCGCCCCACUCCCUGCACAUGGCAAGCACUGAUUGUUUUUUCUAUUCGUGAUGACAUUUUGUUUCAGUCAUCUAACGGACAAAAUGAAAUCUCCAUAGAAUUUUGACUUGUAUUUUCUUAAAGGAUAAAGACACUUGUUUCCUACACUUACUGAUCAUUUGUGCUUCCUUUGAGAACUGUUUGCUCAGUAUUUUGCCUGUUUAUUGAUUAAGGUAUUUGAUUUUUUGGUGUCAUUUUAGAUCUAAUCCUUUGUCAGAAGAGUGGCUGGCAAGGAUUUUUCUUCAAUUCUACUGGCUGCUCACUCUGUUAGUUGUUUCCUUUGCUGUCUAGAAAUUAUUUUAUUUGAUGCAGACCCAGUGGAUGCUUGUUGUUAUUUUCUGUGCAAUUGGAGACUCUUCAGCAAGUCUCUGCCUCUGCCAAGGGCUUCAAGUAAUUCCCUGUAUAUUCGUCUAGCACUUUCAAAACUUUCCAGUGUUAUACACCAGCUCUUUGAUCCAUUUUAAGUUGAUUUCUGUACAGAGUACAAGGUAGGGAAUCUAGUUUCAGUUUUCUAGAGAUAGCUUCCCAGCACCAUUUGUUAAAGAGGCUGCCUUUCCUCCCAUGUAAUUUUUGGCUUCUCUGUCAAGAACCAGAGGGCUAGAGUGCUGUGGGUCUCUUUCUGUGUGCUCUAUUCUACUCCUUGGUCUAUGUGUCUAAUUUUGGGCCAGUACUAUGCUGUUAUGGUUUUGUAGUAUAUUUGAAAUUGCAUAUUAUGAUAUCGCUAGACUUGUUAUUUUGCUUAGGAUUGUUUUAGCUAUUCUGGAAUUUUUGUGUUUUUAUAAGAGUUUUAGGAUUUUUUUCUAGUUUUGUGAAGAAUGUCAUUGGAAUUUUGAUAAGAAUUGCAUGGAAUCUGCAGAUUUCUUUUGGUAACAUGACCAUUUUCACAAUAUUAAAUUCUGCUGAUCCCUGAACAUGGGUGGUCUUUCCAUCUUCUAGUGUCUGCGUGCACUUCUCUCUUCAGUGUUCUGAAACUUCUAGUGUAGAGGUCUUUCAUUUCCUUGGUCAGGUCGAUCCACAGCUAUGUUGUGUGUGUGUGUGUGUGUGAAACUACUGUGAGUGAUAUUAUUUUCCUGAUUUUUCAGCUAGUUCAAUAUUAGUACAUAGACAAGCAGUGUUUUUUUAAUGUUGAUUUUAUAUCCUACAGCCUGUGAUUUCUAACAGAUUGCGUUCUUAACUUUCAUGACAUUCAAACAUUUAAAACUGAAACUUGAUCUUAUGAACUCAUCUUACACGCACGCACACACACACACACACACACACACAUACACACACACAAUGCACACAGUCUUCUUCUAAUCAGUAUCGCAUGGUUAAGCUGGUCACAUUUACCCUUAUUCUUGAUUUAAUGUCUUUCUUUCUUUCUUCUUCUUCCUUUUUUUUUUUUUGAGACAGGGUUUCACUAUGAAGUUCAGGCUGGCCCUGAACUCUCUUUGUAGUGCAGGCUGGCCUUGAAUUUAUGGUGAUCUUCCUGCCUCAGCCUACAGAGUGCUGGCUGUGCACCACCACACCCAGUUUACAUGGUUUAAUUUCAGGGUCCUUCUCAAUACCAUUAUGGCAGAAUUUAAGGGAAAAAUUUACCAAAAUGCAGUUUUGUAACUUAAAAGAGUAGACAUUUAUAAAAAAUAGCAUGAGGCUAUGAAUCCAACUGCAUGCAGUGAGGAAGGUACAAAAACGACACAUUUGUGGGACCAAAACUUGCUGAAUGGAAAGAGGAUUACAGUGUGUAUCUAAAACUAAAUUCCUACUUAACCACGCAAAGUCAGCUUUAAAUCUUACGUUCCCUGUAUUCAGCUGAUUUUUAAGGUCAAGAAUUAGAAAACUGUUCCCGAAAAUGUUUUAAAUUAUCCAAGGAAAAAAAUAAUGAGUGUUCCUAAGCAAUUUAAUGAGGUCUUUUCAGACCAAGUAUCAGCAUUAUGUUUUGAUAAGCAAAUGGGAAAGAUACCGCCAGAUACUGGAAAGUGACAAUGGAGGAGGAGGAAAGCGCCACACCGCAGCCCGCGACGGCGCACUCCGCUUAGGACGGCAGCUGUCCCUCACGAGGCAGCGUGCGCCUCCUUACCCGUCACCCUGACGCCGGCACACUGCUGCUCCUCAGUCAUUUCCUGAAUGGGGACGUCAGGGCUCACGUCCACCUCUUUCCCUGAAAGCUGUACACAUGCUUGAAGAGAAGGUGGCACCUUGACUGUCACAGAGCCUGGAAUCAAUUUAAAACACUUUGUUAAUGCGUAGAAACCAAAGCACCAGACUCUGUGUCAAAUCUAAUCACAAAGGGCAGUGCUGUUCCUGCCGCACUGUGCCCUUCCACAAAGGUAUUUACAGGGCCUUUCCCUAGUCCCAGCAGGCCGGUUUCCUACCCUGACGGCAUCCACAGUGACUUCUGUCACGUAGACGGGGCCACGGGACACUGAACCACCAGCUCUUUUCCGUCUAUGUCCUUACCCUCUCCCACACCACACAGCGGAGCAGUUUCCCGCAUAGGCAGCAUACACAUCGGACUUCCUUUAACUCACUAUUUACUAAAUGCGAGCCACUUACUUACUCUCCAUAUCAAUUUUAUGGGGUAGAACUGCAACCCCUUGCCAUGAAAUCUGAACCCUAUCUCUGUGGACAAACCCACGCAAGGUGACACCCAUCUGAACGCUGUAGAUUCUUUUCAGAAUGCAUUUAUUUAUGGCUCAUAGUUGUGCUUUUAAUCUGCUCAACAUAGCUGAAAGUGCCUUAGUUUUAUAUCUUCUCUGUCCUGCCAAAUGAAGCUGAAAGCUUAGGAUACAACUGAUAAACUCUCAUAUUUACUCCUUAGAAAAUGUGAUGACUAAAGCUUUUGAUUAUCCAGAUGGCCCCCAUGGCUCAAAUGUGAGCACGUGCAGAACAGUUCCCCUAACAACGGAUACAAGGGCUUAAGCUAAAAACAAAGCAUCCACGGAAAGUUUCAGGAUGAAUAGAAGAUACAUAUUUACUCACCGAAAUGCUUUUAAAGGUAUAAAACAAGGAUUUAAAAGAAAAUUUUUUUGUAGGAUUUCAUAUCCGUAUACCAAACAUGGUAACUUUAUGUAUACCUUUUUCUGUUCUUAAAUGAACAACAUGAUCUUAAAUCUGUGAGAUCUUUAAAAACUUUAAGCCAUGCAAACAGUUCUAUGCUCGUCCUCUUCCACUUCUUUAAAAACAAAAACCACCACCGCCAUACCUGGCUCUGUUUGUGACUGAAGACUUCUCCUGCCCUGAAAGCCUCCCCAAUGUCCCAUCUUAACCUGUUUUUUUAAGAAAGAAACGCCCUCGUUAUGCCAUGAACCUACUCUCAACUUCAUAAACUUCCAUGCAGUUACUGACAUCAACGUGGGCCUCUUAAAAACCCAAAUACAAAGUAACAGCACCACUUACUGUGGGCCUACUAAUCUGAAGGUAAUCGACUUUCCCGGGGACAGCGUGGUUGGUGGGAAAGCUGAUAGCCUGAGCGGACUCCCGCGCCCCACACAGCUUUUCUGCAUGAGUAAAGCCUGACAUAUACAUUUCUACAAGAAAGAAAUCAAGUGGCUAAAUGGUGAAGGCCUACGAGACUCCAGCCACGGGUGCUCAAUCCUGCAGCAAUGCAGUGGCAGAACUAGAGUGGAUUCCAGACAUCUUCAUAACCGUUAGCAACAGAACCCUGAAUAACUGUCCAUUUCCUCAGAAGUCACUGCUCCCGAGCCUAGUGAGAACUCAGACACGGGAGCUAAGGUGGAAAGCUCUGUUUCCCAGUAACGGUAAGCUGCCAGUAACAUGGUCCUCAUAGGAGAAAACACACGACUGUAAUAUUUAUCAAACUUCGCAACAUUGUUUGUUAUUUCAAUAGUUUCUAGAAUAAUGUUCUGACUAGUGGGCAAAAUAUUUUAAAUAGAUGAUGAAAAGUAAUAGCCUUCAAAGAUACUGAGUUUUUUGUUUUGUUUUACUUAUUUGCCCACAACACACAAAAAAAUCUUUCAUAUAAGAGCUACAUAUGCAAAGCUUUUUUACUCCGUUAGUAAUGCUUUUCUCCUUGGGUUUUCAUAAUAGAAUACAAUCAUUAUGACUUAUAUGGCAUUCAGAUUCACCCUGACAGUAUUAUUGAAGCUCCUAUUUAAUGAGGACGCGACAAUCUCCCACCUUAGCACAUUCGAGGCAGCAGUCACUUCAGUCUCAGAUCUCUGCGUUUGUACUUCUGCUUUCAACACAAUGACAGGAGAAGUAACAGCUACUGAGUGAGCUCCGGUGAGAACCUGGUAGUGACAGGAGCUUCCCGGCUCUGUAAGGAAGUGUUUGCCUUUUCUACAGAUAUCCUUGUUCUGGCCAACAUACAAGAGCUUUGAGCUUCUUAAAUUUCUAUGUUUAGAUUUUUAACACAGAGCUGCAGUUCUUAACUUUCUGCACCCAAGCCGCUUCAGCACUCUGGCCAAACUACUCUGCCCGUGUCACACGUUGCCACGCACACGUGUGUGCAUAUGGCCCACACACGCUCCCAGUUAGCUUCCAGAUGAAUAAAACAAAGCAUACUUUUGUUGUUGUUUUUGGGGGUUACCGCGAAUUGAGCCCAGGGCCUUGUGCUGGCCAGGCAGGCACUGCACCACUGAGUUACAUCCCCGGCCCAAGCACACUGUUUUUAAUGACAGACUUGCAUCUCAGAAUAGGUUACUGUAGGAGGAAUUAAAUUAUGUAGAGAAACACACCAUAAGCCUUGACACUUCGAGAGACAAAGUCAACAAUCAUGGAUCUCCCCGUGGUACUUCGAGAUCACACUCUGAAACCAGAGGAGGUCCUCUUAAGGCUGGCACGAAAGCCCAGCAGUGGACCAUUUUUCCUCCAAAGAGCAUUCUGUUUCAGCCUAAGACUAAACUGAAAGACCCGCACAGUUACAUUAAACAAUCUACAGUAACAGUCAAAAUAACACAAACUUUUUUCUGCAAUAUGAAGGGAAAGUAAUCUUCAGGACCAUCUGCCCCAAAAGUUGUAGGAGGCCGAUGUAGAUUGGCUGGGAGGCCAAUCUUUAAAUCAGGUUCUAACAGAAGAAAGCAUCCUGAAGCCUGUGCGUCAGCUCCAGUAAUCUGCCCGUCUAUUUCCUCAGGGUUACAUACAACCUUCCUCGUACCGUGGUCUAAACACAGUAUUCCAGGCAGCUAACCUCUGUGAGAUUUCAGCUCCACUUUCCCCAGCUGGCUGACAUAGACAUCUAUGGCACCCUGAUGAGUUGAGGCUUUCAGACACCCUGCGGAUGAAUCUGGGAGGAAGAAAACAACAGAAGUAUAAUUAUUUUUACUUAGGUAAGUAGGAUUAUAAACUUGAAAUAAAAGGUUUGGCUUUGACAUUGGAAUACAAAGCUAAGAAUCUUGCAAGGAUUCCUAUUCUCCUUGUAACAAUGCCAUCAUUUUCAUUAAAAUGUUAACUGUCAGAAACGUAGAUAUCUACAUCAAGGUGCCUAUAAGAACAUCCUUAUCUAGGAAGUCUGAAAAACUUAUCUUGAAACUAACUUGGAAACCUGGUCAGUAGGAGGAUGGUAUGCAAGCAAUGGGCCUUUGCCAACCAAGACAGCUGGGCAUCACCGAUAUGUUCUGUUUACUGUCAGAUGGGUAAGAUGCCACCACUUAAGGGCUGCAUUUCCCAGGGUGACGGAAAGGUACGAAGCGAAGAACCCUCGGAAGAGUGGAGCCUGUUUUUAUCAGUCAUUUUUUUCCAAGUUUCUCGAAGGGGAUAGAUGGGCAUCUUUACAUCAGGCUGAGGAAUAAGGCAGUCUGCUAACUAGGGCAGUCCUGAUCUAACACUCGAAUUUCCCCCCGUUGUGAAGGGACCCACUUUCCAAUCAUCUAACACUUUACCCCAAGGGAACGUGGACAGAAUCAGUGAUCGGCAAGAGGACACCAGGGAGUCAGUGCCAGUGGCUUCUCUUCCUUUCCUCUUCUCCCAUGGCAACUGAAUCUCCCGUUUAAUAUUUUAUUCUAUCCUGAAGUGGCCAGAGUAUGUUCUUUUUAGAAAAACCCAUGUGCAGGAUUUUUGGAGGGCCGUGCACACACUAGGCCAUCGCUGCACCACUGAGGCUCAACUCGGCUCUCCAAGUGCAUUUUAUCAGGGGCCUGUGAUGUCACAGGAGAGGCAAAGGAAGCAGUGCGGUGCAAGUCACACAAAGGUGACGGCCUCUACAGAGUGGAGAAAUAAGACCUUUGUCUACCUUCAAAGGGCCAACGUUUUUAUUUAGAAACAUUUAAGGGACUCCAAACAAAGAUAGCGACUUUAGAAUAAACUGUUCAAAAUCUAGCACCAGGGACAUGUACAGUGAUGUAUUUCCUAUGUAUACCCAAAAGGUCCCAGUGCACAUAGUUUUCAGGGCCAAAAGUAAAGCCUGUGUUGGGAAGGAAGCUGCUGGAGAUGUGACAUAGGUGGGAUCUGGACCAAGUCGGUAUUCCGCUGCUGAGGUGCCAACAGGAACUACUUUUAGAAUCUCUCACGGCACCUGAAAGGAAGCUGGUGAACGAGCACACGAUCCAGUGAACAGCAGCAGCAGUGAAGUGGCGUGUAAAGUGUGUAUUAUCCCAGCUGGGGCAAAGUAAAAUAUAGGAAACGUUAGUUUGGUUUCUCUUGUUUUCUCAGGGGGAGGGGGAAGGUAAUAAGAUUUUUAUGUGACUCAUAAAUCCUCUCACCUCCCUCCCUUCUGGGAAAUAAACAUCAGCUAAAUAAUUACAUCUGAGCCUCAAAGUAAUUAUAUUUUAUAUUUAAUUUAUAUUUUUGUCAGUCUUGAGCUCUGAUAAUGGCUGGAGGCUGUUAAAAAAUUAAAAUUCAAGAUAUGUUUGGGAAACAGAAACCAGAAGUGAUAUUUAAAGGCUAUGCAGCAAAAUGAACCCUAAUUUUUCUUAUUUUCUGAAAUACAAACGAUUGGGACCCAAAUUAGUUUUUGAAGGUAAAAUUAAGGCAUCCUGCACAGAUUUUCAUUUUUUGGAGAUUCACAGAGUAGAGAAAUUCUAUAGAUCUUGAAAAACAGCCUUAGGAGAAACAUGCAAGUAAAGAGCAGUUUUAGUCCAAACGUUGGCAGGAACGAGAAGAUUCCGGGGCAGAAUUAUCUAUAAUGACAAUUCGGGGCAAAGAUCUUGUUCGUCUGACAGAAACUACUGAGUUUUCCAGGAAAAUUACAUAUGCAAAAGGAAAAUACUGAUGUCAGUCACAGUCACAUACAAAAAAACAAAAACAAAAACAAAGAACACCCAGACCUGUGUAAUACACAUUGUUAACAGAAGAAAAAUAACAACGAUGCGUGGCUAAAGUUGCAAACUCUGCUAUUUUCCUUUAGAUGAAUAUAGAACCCCCCAAAUUCAAGCAUGUUCAGUUAAUUUUUAUAAUUUUGCCUUGUUUUAAAAUACAAUGGGCAACACAAAAUAUAUUUUUUGACUUCUGCAACCUAAUUAAUACAUUUUCAAAGGUAUGCUACUGGAAGAAUAACUGAUAGGCUUCAUGCAUGGUCAGGGGGUCUGCAAGGGCAGACUCUGGGUGUUGAGUGGUGCGCAUGUGCAGUGCAUCGUAACCGCGCUCGCGGUGCGGAGUGGCGCAUGCGCGUAACAGCUGUGUUCUCUCAUCCCUUUCCGGCCCCUCGCUCCACCUCUCGGUUCCCUGUCCUUUUCCGAAAGGUCUGUCUCCUUGUUCCUUAUUAUCUGUCUUUUAUUCUCAUACAACAGAAGCCAUGAAAUGGUUAAGCUUGUCUGUGUGAUUUAUUUCACUCAAAGUUAUGGUCUCCCGGGAGUCUAUUUUCCUACAAGUGACUCAAAUCCAUCCCCUAUAGCCGAACACUACUCCAUUGUAUAAAAACGACUGUUUAUAUAGAAAGGACUGUAGAUGCUUAAACCACUGUCAUAAGAAGCCAGCAAAUUUAGUGUGAGAAGUCCAAGAUAUAAGGUUUUUUUUUAAAUUUGUAUUUUCACAUGCUAUAAGCAAUUAGAAAAUGAAAGUUUUCAAAGUUCUAUUGGCGAUGUCAAAAACAUAAAUAAACUUAACAAAUCAUGUGCCAGACCUCUACACUGAAAGUUACAAAACAAUGUGGAGAGAACUUGCAGAAGACAUACAUGAAUGAGGGUUACACUAAUUUCAUGAGUGAGCGACUCUUGCUGGGGGUCAGUUCUCUCCAGACUGAUCUAGAGAUUCAGGGACUCAGUGCAAACCUAAAAAUAGUCUCACACAGAUUUUUUGGGUAGAAAAUCAUGGGCCUAAAAUGUUUAUUAGGCCAAUACAACAUACAAUACAAUACGCAAUAUCCAAAUCAAUACUAACAAAUUCGGAAGACUUUAACCACCUGAUUUAGAGACUUCCUAUGAUAAAGCUGCAGUAAUCGAGACUGUGGUUCAAGAAAUCGAUGAACAGAACAAGGCAUCUAUAAUAAAGGACACUUAUACAGUCAUUUGAUUUUAGAAAAAGACCCCGAGAAAGGAAGUUUCUCCAAAAAAUGGUGAUGUAAGAACUUGCUAUCCAUAUGGGGAAAAGUAAAUCUUGAUUUCUGACUUUUUCAAACACAAAAAUCAGAAAUGGAUCAAAGGUAAGAGCAAAAGUUUUAAAGCUGCUGGGAAAAAAAACAUGAAUAAAGGCAGAUGAAAGAUUUCAUAGGAUCUGUAAAAAUAAAGGGUAACUUAGGCUCCAUCAAAAUUAAAACCUUCUCAUCAGAAUACGCCACUCAGAAAACAAACAGCAGAGGAGAGCUUCAGUAGAUGCCUGUAUCUCAGCUACUCAGGAGGCUGAGGCAGGAGGGUUACAAUGUUAAGGCCAACGUGGGCAACUUAGUGAGACCUUAUUUCACAAAGAAAAUUAAAAUUAAAACAAGCACUAGGCAUAUAGCUCAGUGGUAAAGUGCCUCAGGGUUCAGUCACCAGAACCGGAGCGACAAGGAGAGAAGGCAGAAAGAAUACAGACCAAGGGCAAAUAUUAACAGACAGUAACUGACAAAGAACUUGCUUGCAUUUAGCAUCUAUAAAGAAUUCUUGCAACUCAAUAAAAAUAUAAAUAACUCAAAGAGGGAUGAAAGAUACAAAUGAAAACUUCACAAAGAAAGAUACACUAAUGACUAAUAAAUAGAUGCAAAAGUGCAGGCCGGCCAUCAUCAUACAUUAGGGAAACAUAAAUUAAUACCAGACAUAUACUAAUAUAUACACACAUCAGCAUGGGUAAAUCUUGAAAGACAAUAAUAAGUGUUGGCAAAUGUGCGGAGUGCCUAGAAUCCUCACACACUGGUGAGAAGAUUGUUAAAAGGGAAACUAGGGCAAGUUCUGUUGAUUUAUCAUUUCAUUAAAUAUACACCUCCUUCUCCAACCCGGCAAUUCCAUUCCAAAUAUUUACCCAUAUAUACAUAUCCAAAACAAAAGAUAAAAAGACAAGUAUCAGAAUGUUUAUAGCAGCUUUAUAUACCAUUGCCAAACAUUAUAAACACCCCAAAUGUCCACCAGGACACAAACAAAGCUUUCCAGUGGCCUGCUUUCAUUUCUGUAGCCUUCUUUCACAUUGCAAAAUAACAGGCUUUCCUUUUGAAGUGUGAACGAUACACGGGUCCCUUCCUAAUGCCCUGCUGGGCCUGGGACAGGGCUCCUACUCUCACCACGUCUACAAGGCCCAGGCUCCUGCCGCUGUCCCAGGAGCCUUCCUGCCACAGCUUGACAUGGAGGCCCUUUUCCAGGGCCCAGGCCACACCUGCUGUUGCCCUGUGCGGGAUCGUAUGCAGAAGCCGACGCCUCUGCCCCAUUCUGGCCUCCGUUCAGUGUCCCCUGCCCUGGCCCUUCCCAGCUGUCUACCUGCAGGCCCCAGGCAGCCUCUUCCCCUCUUCUGUGUGCCCUGCACUCAUCCAGGUCUGAGUUACCUGCUGAGAGUCACAAGUUACUGUCUUUCUUCCCUGGACUCAGAGAAGGCCAGGCGUCUGAGCACAGCCUCUGCCUUGCUGAACAAUGUAUUUCCUGGAACCUGAAAGAAUUUCUAACAGGCACUAAUAAAUUACGCUGGCUAAUCAGUUGCUUGCAUAUGCAGGUUUGUCUUCAAAUGUUAACAACUUGGGGACACAUAUGCAGUGCCACUAUUAACAUUUUUUUUUUCAAAAGCCUUAAUGUAGGUAUUGGAAAAAACUCAAGGAAUCUGUCACAUUUCUUAACAGUAGGUCAGCGUAUUUUGAGUGGCCAUACUCAGUUGAUCUACUGUAUUCAACUUGCAUGUCAGGGUCCUGUCAGCUUCAUCAGCUCCACUGUGGACUUAGAUAAAGCAGGACCGAGACAGCUGCUGGAGAAGUGGGCAUGAACUCUCUGCCUACCCUGUCUUCAAGAUUCCUACCUACCUUGUCUUCUAGUAGAUUUAGGGGUUCUGUUUUAAUAUUUAGACCUUUGAUCCAUUUUGACUUUAGUGCAUGGUGAUAACACGGGUCUAGUUUAAGUCUUUGGCAUGUGAGAAGCCAGUUUUUCCAGCACCAUUUAAUAAAGACGCUGUCUUUUUCUAGGGAAUCUUCAGACUGAUUUCCAGAGUGGAGUCUAUAGUCUACCAACAGUAAAGAAGGGCUCCUUUCUGCCCACAGCUCUGAUACCAUCUGCUAUUGAUUUCUUGAUGGUAGCCAUUCUUUCUGGAGAAGGAAUCUUAGUGUUUUUUUUUUUUUUAAUUGGUACCAGGGCUCAAACUCACAGCUACCUGCUUGCAAGGCAGGUGCUUAUGCCGCUAAGCUAAAUCCCCAGCUCCUCUUAGUGUUGUUUUAAUUUGCAUUUCUCAAAUGACCAAUGGCAAAUAUUUUAUCAUAUAUUUGUUUGCCAUUUGUAUUUCUUCAGCUGAGAAGUCCAUAUUCAUCGCAGAUGCCCAUUUUUGGAUUGAGAUCUUUGAAUUUUGGGGGCCUGACUUUUUUUUUUUAAGUUUUUUGUAUGUUCUAGAUAGAAGUCCUUUGUCUGAGGAACAGUUGGCUAAGACUUUUGUCCCAGGUAUGGGUUGGCUUUUCACACUGUUUUUUUUUUUACAUACAGAACCUUUUUAGUAAGAUGAGAUCCCAAUUGUUGAUUCUUUGAAGUAGUGGUGGGAAUGUAGACUGGUUAACCUUUGGAAAUCAGUGUAGAGAGUCUUCAAAAAGCUAGGAUUAGAGCCUCCCAUGCAUGUGCAGCCUUACGCCUUGGGAGCCCAUGGCCAGGAUAUGCUGGGUCCUCGGGGCACUGCUCAGGGCUGCGCUGCAAGCCACCGCCCUGGAAGACCUCUGGCCACUUCAGGAGCGUGAACUGACCCCACCCGCAGUAGGAGAGGAAGUGGAUGAUGUGUACGUCAUUUGAUGGUCAAGGCCUGCCCUGGUCAUGUACCGCAGCUGAACCUAAUUUUUUUCUCACACUGCAGGAUCCGCAGCAGUGAGUUUGGGGUCCUUUGCUCUUGAAUGGGGACGGGAACUGCAGGGGCAAUGCCUCAGCUGAGAGGGGGUUGGAGCAGGGCACAGCAGGUCCAGGAGAAGCACCGCGUGCACAAGGGCCAGCACUGCGCACACAUGGGCCCGCACAUCACCGAGGUCUAGGAGGUAAACAUCCACGAUGUGGAUGCCUCCAUGAAGGGCUUGCAGGUUAGAGCCUCCCGUCCAGCCAAACACAGUGCAGUGCGGCUCAGGGGUUUCCUUAGCGCUGCGACCAGGACAUGAAAGGCCUCUCUGCAGGACCUAAUACAGCAGACAUCUGCAGGGGAGGAAGACGACAGGGAAGCCUGUGUGUGGUUCAGGGAGCCGGGGAUGGCCAGCCAAGCCCUGCUGAAACCAGGCAGGAAACUGGAAACCGGUCCACAGAGAUGUGUCCAUAAAGAAGAAAUGGAGCUGGAACACAGGCUGGCUGUCGCAAGGGAAAGACAAUGGCGUCUCCACCUCUUGCCAAAUGCGACCAAGCCAGAUGUGGUUUCUGGAGAACACAAGGCAAAUGAGGAUGCUGGCCCAUGACAGCUUUUGAGGAGGAAAUAGAACAGCUGAAGGAGGCACCAAGAAGCUUCCAGGGGCUGCUGAUUCUGGGCCUGCACCUUCUCCGUAUGUGGAGCAUGCGAGGGGGCCGCCUUCUCAUGUUGAUGCCCAAGACCUCACCCUUGGCUGCAGGGUCACCGCUGAGCAGUGCGAGGGCCAGGGCCUGGCCACACACCCCACAGCUGAGAGGAUCCUGUAGCCGCAGUGCUCAAGCACUGGCCUCCCUUGCACUGUAGGACCCUGAACUGUCCCUGAACUCACGUCCAAAGAAAAAUAAGGCUUCGGGGUUCCAGAUAAUAAAGGGGAAGGCACAGGCCUGCCUGUGCACAUGGUUCUUGGCCAUGUGAUAUCAAGGUCCAGUUUACUGGCAGCGGCUGCUGGAGAAAAGGUUUUGAUGUUUUUGUUAAUUGCAUCUAAAAUAAAUUUGUAGUGGCUUGGCUAGAAAGAGAAGGAUGCAGUUUGUGAUUACGAAAUAAACUAUAAUUUUUAAGCUGCCCAAGAUCUAGUUUAAAAAAAUCUGGACUUUAUUUUAUGUAAUUAUAAACAGUUUGUUUUUACAGAGGAUAUGUAGUAUUUGUUAAAAUCUUCCAUUUAAAAAACAGUUUUCUCAAGGUUUUGGUUUUCUGCCUAUGAAUGAAGAGCUCUAAUAUAAAACCUCUCAAGGGGUUAAAAUAAUAAUACAUUUUAAUCAAUUGCCAAAGCAGGAAAUGAUUUUGGACUUUUAAACCAGCAUGGUUUGGGAAAACAGUUUUACUUUUAGCUGUAUUUGGUUACUUAGAUGGGGGUAGAAAUUUAAAAUCACAAAGGUGAGUGCGAGACGGUUUGGCAGUCUUAUGUUUUUAGUAGUGUUUUCUCUUUGCAAAGCCUUCAUCAGGGAGGGGAAGUCUGCUCUCAACUGGAAGGUUGUCUGGCCCCUACCUGAUUCUGGUUUUGGGUAAACCUUAAGCUGUUUGUUAGCAUCAGAACUGUAAAGGGGCGCCGGGGGUCAAAACAGCCUAGACUGGGAAGAACGUUAAUGGCUUCCUGAAGUGAGACCUGAUGGGGGCGGGGUGAGCUGCAGGUUCUCAUGUGCCUCUGCAGUGUGCUGGCACAGCCCAGACUGUAGAACAAGCAGGGUCCUCACUUAGGUACAACAGCAGUUACUGCAUCAGUGUGAGGCCCGGCGAGCUGAGCUUCAUACACUGUGGCGUUCCCUUCUGCUUUCAUUUUAAACAGCUCACUAUUUCAGUACCAGACAAGACGGCUGGCUUCCAAAUGCAGUCAAUAAUAAACUAACUGUGUGCAAAAACAAAAACUAGGAUUGGAGGUCCCAUUCAACCCAGCUAUUCCCCUUCUGGGUAUUUUCCCAAAAGAAUUGAAAACAUCACACCACAGUGAUAUAUGUGCACCCAUGUUUAUAGCAACACAGUUUGUAAUAGCUAAAUCUUGGAAACAACCCAAAUGCCCAUCAAAUGAUGAAUGGAUAAAAAAGAUGUGGUAUUUUAUACAAUGGAGUAGUACUCAACUAUAAAGAAAGAUAAAUUUGAGGCUUUUUUAGAUAAAUGGAUGCACCUAGAAACCCAUCUCUCAAGUGAAAUAAAUCACAUUCAUGUGUAAACAUCAUAUUAUCUCCCUUGUAUAGGAAACUGAAAGAGUAAAUAAGAUUCAAAAGGUACAAUAGAUAUUGUGAAAGGGGAAGAAACUGCUCAAAAGAACAACUGGGAUGGGGAAGAAGAGAAAAGAAAGAAGGAAGAAAAAAAUAUAUAUAUAUACAAGAAAUCUAAGUGAGUGUACUACUAAUUGUAUUAGUUCAUGGAAAGAAACUGUAAGUGCCUAUAUUAUAAUGUGCGAAAGUGUUUCAAAAAUGAUAAUAUGCAAUAUAGUGACCACUGUUAAUUUCCUAUCAUCCUGUUUUUAAAUUUUAUACAAUUUUUUGUUUUCUUUUAAUCUCUAACAUUUUUUUUUAUAAUUGAAAUAAUCUUUAAAACAAAAGAAGUGGGCAAACUUUAUCCACUAACAUCAUACAUACCUACUGUGAUGUUACCCGUCUUACUUUGUAAUAUUAUAUCACCUGCAAAAGAAAGAUAAUUUUAUACAUUAGGGAUCACGAGAAAUAAACUGUUGCACAGAAUUCUAAAA